AUGCAUUGCGAUGGUCGAACACCGUCAUGCUCUGCUUGUCUUCACAACCAGAGACGAUGCGAAUACAGCGACCUCGAUCGACGACGAAAGGGAGACAAAGAGGUCGAGCUGGACUUACUUCACGAGAAGAUUCGUGGGUUUGAAGCUAUCAUGAUCUGUUUGAAACAUGGAUCAAAUGAAGAGAUUGGCAAUCUGAUCAGUAGUAUUCGGGAGGACGCUGGGGCGAGUGAUUCGGAGUCGAACAAAUUUGAUAUGCAGGCAAUACCUGAUCAACCUCCAAAAGAUCACACAAACCGGCGGCAAGCACCUUCACCAAAAAUUUUCAGUCCCCAGGACCUCCCUCCUGAGGAUGUCAUUAGGCUGGGCUUAACCACCUUUUACGCUGGGAGCUUCAUCUUAUUCUAUGUUUUGGAAGAAGAUGAAGCCACAGCCCUCUGCGAUCAAGUGUAUCAGUCUGAUGAGCCGCCAACUAGAAUGACACUCAGUGAGCUAUGUGCCCUAGCAGCCGUUGGCCAUAUCUAUGACGGUGAUGAGGUUUCGGUGGCAAUGAUGGAAGCAUUGUAUCGCACAGCAUCAUCGUUGUCAAAUGAGUGCUUAGACGAAAAACCUCUCCGGGUUAUGAGAGUACUUGUCUCCUUAAGCAUGUAUGCAUUCAUGACUAGGAAAUAUAGCGCUCGUUUGUCCGUGGCCACAGGUCUACAAAUAGCGAGGACACUUGUCUUUCUCGAAUGUUGGCUAGCCGCAAGUCUAGGUUAUCAAUUCGAUUUGAGUGAGGGUGAGAUAGAGUUCACCAAAAGUGAUAUCUUGGAACCUGUCCCAAGCUUCGAAAACGCGAUUCAAGCCCAAAUCAGUACGAUUGGCUUAUUGAUGGCAGGUGUCCUGCAAGAAGUGUAUGGCUCCAAACCUAUCACAUUUGCCGUGGUCGGGCGGUGUUCCGAAACCUUGAAUAACUGGCGACGAAGUUUGCCACCACUGAUGGAGCUGUCUGCGAUCACAGCAACGGAGACGGCAGAGCAUGUUGACAGACAUCGAAGGUCACUGUUUCUGAUUCAUGCGAUUUAUAUGGGAGUAAGGAUGUUGUUAUACAGACCUCUACUCGUGGCAAUCGCUCAAUGUAAUAUCAGUGGGAGAUGGGUCCUGGACGGUCCCGUUGAGAUGGGACGCCACCUUCAAAGCGAGGCUGUUGACGUAGCAAAGACUUGCGUACGGCUCCUCAAUCUUCUGAAUUCUGGUAGCCAUUGGUUGUGCAUAAGUCAUGCUUCGGCGGCAUGUAGCAUACUCCUGCUCGAUGUGGCGCAAAGUCUGCUUGAAAGAAACGACGGACGCGCAGUGGAGGAUCUUAUAGCCUCACAAGAAUGUAUUGACAUCCUCAAUGAACGCAGCACCUUUAGUCGAAUCGCUCAGGAAAUGUUGGACGAUAUUGGGUCACUACAAGACGACUUGAACACCUUAUUGCGCGGGGAAAAUGUCAUCACUCGGUCUGUAACGGCCAAAGAGCUCCUUCAUACUGGGGAGCACUCCACAAGGCCGGCUAGGGAACCAUCGAGAGUUGAUGCCAAUGAAGGACACACUGCUACUGUCAUCGCAGCAACCCAGCAAGCUAUCGGCCUGGCUGGGAAUCCGUUUCAUUAUGAGCGCAAGUUCGAGUUCGAGGACUUUGAGGAUGAUUAA